AUGUCUUCUUUCAGGUGGUCGCUGAUAUUGGGCGGAGGGGAUGGCUGCAGAUGCGCUGGCGCAGGAGAGGAACAGGCAGCGCACCAUAAGCAGGCAAAGUCAGAUGGAGAAAAUCAUCUUGUGAGCUUCAUCCUCAGGUCCAGGAGCUGCACAGGCUCCAGCGCCACCCGAGCGUCCAGGAGGGGCUGGCGGAUCCUUGACAGGCGCUAUUCGCUAAAUUAUCACCACACCGCCUACAGGGUCGAGCUACCGAUGCGCGCGCACUGCAGGGACCUGUACAGCCACCUGGUGGACACGAUGGUGUGGGCGGACCAGCUUGUGUGGAAGCGGCUGGCGAGAAACGAGACGGUGUACCCGCAGGCCGAGUACAUCGUGUACGAUGCCCGGGACGGCGAGCCGGGAACGAUCGAGCCGCACGUGGACAACAACUCAGCUGUAUCCAUGAUUGUGCUCCUGUCGGACCCCUCGGAGUUCUCUGGGGGCACGAACUACUUCGACGGCGACGGCGCCUGCCCCGGCAGCCGGCCUCUGGACCUGCAGCGCGGGGAUGCCGUCCUGUUCCGGGGCGAGAAGCUGAUGCACUGGAUCUCGUCGGUGACGGGCGGGGUGCGCGUGAUCCUGCAGAUCGAGUUGUGUCGGGUGUGA